AUGAACACGUUGUGCAAGUUUGCGCAUAUUUAUAUUAUAUUUGCUUAUUUUCAAUACAUUAGUGAUAUUCCAACUGUGAACGGAACUUUUAUCAAUAUCAUUAAAUGGCAACUGGUUAACAGCUUAGUUGUACUUGGAGCCAGUCACUAUUUCAUGGUGAGCUGUGUGAAGUUCGACUUUGAAUCAAAAAGUAUGCGACUAUUGGAUGUUACGCUCCGAAACACUUGUUGGAUGCCUGACGUUAUAGAGUUGCCAAUUGAUUUGAGCUGGGACGACUUGCAUUUGAUCUUUGCUGAAAGCCUAAGUCUUGCUGAAAACGGCAUGAUGGGUUUACAUUUUGGUAGAUUUUUAAUCGACCGAGAGAACAUCGGUGUUGGAAUUUGUCUAAUGUUUAUAGGCAUUCUAUAUUGGUUCAUUUCAGCUUAUUCUCUAACGCUUUUGGUGUUGGAUGUCGGAGGACACUAUGAGUUCCAGCAUUCUGUCAAUCAACUCGAAAGUUUUCUUAAAUCCGAAAGAGUUAACAAGACCAUUAUUGAGAGAUCUGUCCUUCAUUUCAAAUACUGCUGGAAAAGAACAAUGGCUGUAGAAUUGGCCCAGCUCAAUAACGAGAGCAUCAAUACUGUUUUUAGACAGGAUCUCAAUUCCUAUUUCUACAGAAAAACAUUUAGCAUUUUGGACUCGAUAUUUAAAGGAGGCGAACAGAUGCAAAGACAGCUGGCGAGCAACAGCAUCAUACAUUUCUUUCUGCCAGGCCACGACAUAUUUAGAGAACAAGAUAUGAUCAAUUAUGUAUGUGUUGUCCAUCGAGGAAGGGUCGCGCUUAGUAAAAAUGGUCAAAAGCUUAUUACUCUCAGUAAAGGAGACAUAUUUGGGCAGCUCCUGGGCACUAAAGUACGACCUGUUCGCGUGACAGCUACAGCUGAAGAUUUUGUUGACGUGCUAUAUAUCGAACUCAAAGCGUUUCAGAGUACUAUUACAGAGCAGGUGAGACGAACGAUCACGCGUAAUCCACAACAAAAGAGCGACUUCAUGGCUACGAAGAACAUCUUCGUUGAGAACCCCUACGACACGGUACAAUAUUUGCUUCGAGGACGCAAAACCAUCAGGCUUCCGUGGAGCCGUUAUCCAACAGAAGCUCGAGGUGCCAACUGGUACGUGUAUUUUUUGCACCUGACGUGGUUCGUGGGCCCUCUAGUCACGGCCAUGAUAGUGCACACUUUGUUUGUCCUGCCAACUGGACACAAUCUCUGGGUGCGGAUGUACGUACUGCUAUUUAUAUUCGACGCGGUACAUUUAAUAAACUUCCUUAGUGAAUUUUACGAGAUUGAGCUUGUUGUCUUAAAAAACAAGUGCGCGCAUCAACGCGUUGGCCUUAAAAUAUUCAAGCGCUGGGGGUUGUACGUAGAUUUGUUGACUUUCCUCAUACCAUUGUGUACGAUCAUUCACAAUGAUUGGAGAUUUCAAUACGGUAGAAUACUAAGAUUGAAGUCCUUCUGGGACUUUCAUCGUAAUUUCUGUAAGAGUUUUAAGGUAUGGCCCUUGAUUUUUGGAGUUUUGUAUCGUCUUUUCAGCUGA